CGUUCCUCUCUGCCGUGCGCGCUUCCCCGCCUACCCCGAGCGGCUCAGGUGUCCUGUCGUGUUCACCUGCGCCGGCCGCUGGACCGCGGGGCGCUAACCCUGGAGAGCCCAGGAGCGGGCGGGGCAUGGACUCCGUGGUCUUUGAGGAAGUGGCCGUGAACUUCACCCCAGAAGAGUGGGCGUUGCUGGAUCAUGCUCAGAGGAGCCUCUACAGAGAUGUGAUGCUGGAGACGUGCAGGAACCUGGCCUCCUUGGAUUGUUGCAUUUAUGUUAGAACCAGUGGAUCAAGUUCUCAGAGGGACAUUUUUGGGAAUGGAAUAUCCGAUGAUGAAGAAAUUGUAAAGUUCACAAGAAGUGAUUCCUGGUCUAUUUUUGGAAAAAAUUGGAGAUUUGAUAACAUUGGAGAUCAGCACCAAAUGCCAGAGAGGCAUUUGAGAAGUCAAUUGGGGAGCCUCUGUGAAAGUAAUGAAGGUCAUCAAUGUGGAGAGACCUUGAGCCAGACUGCGAACCUUCUUGUGCACAAGAGUUACCCUACCGAAGCUAAACCUUCUGAGUUCACUAAGUGUGGCAAAGCCUUCAAGAAUCGGCAGAGAUCUCACACUGGACAGAGACUGUAUAAGGAAUGUGGGGAAGCCUGCAGCUGCCUCUCCUGCCAAAGCCCUCCUAUGAAAACGCAGACUGUAGAGAAACCCUGUAAUUGCCAGGACUCAGGGAGAGCAUCUGCAACAUAUGUGAAAAGUCUCAGCAGUAAAAAGUCUUAUGAAUGUAAAAAAUGUGGAAAAGCUUUCACUUGUCCCUCAUCUUUCAGGGGACAUGUGAAUAGUCACCAUGGGCAGAAAACCCAUACAUGUAAAGUAUGUGGGAAGACCUUUAUGUAUUACUCCUACCUUACACGGCACGUAAGAACUCACACAGGAGAGAAACCCUAUGAAUGUAAGGAGUGUGGGAAAGCCUUCAGCUGUCCCUCAUACUUUCGAGAACAUGUCAGAACACACACUGGAGAGAAACCGUAUGAAUGUAAGCAUUGUGGAAAAUCAUUCAGCUGUUACUCCUCCUUUAGGGAUCACGUGAGGACACAUACUGGAGAGAAACCCUGUCAGUGUAAACAUUGCGGAAAAGCAUUCACUUGUUACUCGUCUCUUCGAGAACACGGGAGAACGCACAGUGGAGAGAAACCCUAUGAGUGUAAGGAAUGCGGCAAAGCCUUCAGGUACCCCUCCUCUCUGCGAGCACACGUGAGAAUGCACACUGGAGAGAAGCCCUAUGUGUGCAAGCAGUGUGGGAAGGCCUUCGGAUGUCCCACUUACUUUAGAAGACAUGUGAAAACACACAGCGGGGUGAAGCCCUAUGAAUGUAAGGAGUGUGGGAAAGCCUACAGUUUUUCCUCCUCUCUUCGAAUCCACGUGAGGACGCAUACUGGAGAGAAGCCCUUUGAGUGUAAGCAUUGUGGGAAAGCCUUCAGCUGUCACUCCUCCCUUCGAGAGCACGUGCGAACCCACAGCGGAGAGAAACCGUACGAAUGUAAUCAAUGUGGGAAAGCCUUCAGCCACGCUCAGUACUUUCAAAAGCACGUGAGAUCACACAGUGGGGUCAAACCCUAUGAAUGUACUGAAUGUGGGAAAGCCUACAGUUGUUCCUCUUCCCUUCGUGUGCACGUGAGAACACACACUGGAGAGAGACCGUAUGAAUGCCAGCAGUGUGGGAAAACCUUCAGGUAUCUCGCGUCGCUUCAAGCACAUGUGAGAACACAUGCUGGAGCAUGAAUCUACGAAUACGGUGGACCUGGGAGAGUGUUCAACUGCAAAACCUUGUUGUAAAUGCGAGAAAACACUGGCGAGAGACCUUAUUUAUGUAGAGCAUGUAGGAAAACCUGGUAUAGCCCUUAUUUUGUACCUAAAAACUCAGAGUAGGAGAGAAAUCUCUUAAUUAUGAUUAAUAUGGUAUUGCCUUUACAUGCCUCAGCCUUCAUAGUGAUUCCUUGUGUAUUAAUUUCUAGUGUAUGUUUGUGAUGUAAACACUUAAUAAAUAUCCUGUUUUGUACGCUUUCA